UUGUGCCUUUUCAUGCUUAUAAACACACACAGUCUCUCUCUCUCUCUCUCUCUCUCUCUCUCUCUCUCGAUCUCUUACAUUUCCUGCUUUGUGAUCUUGUCCUAAACAUUUAGAGAUCGACCCUCUGUCUUCCCCCCAAGCCGAGUGGAAUCAAUGGAGGAUUCACUAUCCAAUCAUCAAAACCAAACAAGGGCAUGUGAAUGUGAUGGAGUCGGAAAUGAUUUCAUCAGCAAACUCCCUGACGAGCUCCUUGGGACAAUCUUGGAGAGAUUGUCCACAGAAGAAGCGAUGCGUACAUGUGUUUUGUCAAAGAGAUGGGAAAAUGUUUGGCGGCAGAACCCGGAUCUCGUCUUUGACAUGCGCAGAUUCAUGAACGUUCCCCGGCAGCUGGCAGUACUAGCCGGAAAUCAUGCUUCUCUUCUCAUGAUCGAGGUUCUGCGCAAUUUCCAUGGUUCUAUGGAAAGCUGUAGAAUCCACCAUUUCUUGCAGCAUGUUAGGGAAGGGAAUGUCAUAGAUUGGGUCCGGUAUCUUGUGCACGACAAAGACAUCAAAGAUCUCGCUCUUAUCUGCGAAACGGGUUCUUGGGAUUACCCGAAAAGCAAGUACGACUACUACAGAAGUGUAGCCAUCAACUUUCCCCGUGAGAUUUUCGCCGGCAGGAGCCUCCAUUCUCUUGAGCUCAAUCGCUUCUGCAUACCCACCGAAUUCGGGUUCUGGAAUUGCUAUAACCUCUUGACCCUUAAGCUCGUUAGGGUUUUCGUUGAAUCAAACGAUAUCAACAGGAUACUUCUGUUCUGCCCUUACCUCAAAGAACUCGUCCUUAGGUUUGUUUUUAACAUGAACGUCGAUCUCAAGAUUUACAACGACAGCUUGAAGUUCUUGGAGCUGUCUGGACUGGCCGUUCCCAUGAUUGAGGUGGAUGCGCCUGAUCUUGAUGUUCUUGUUCUUGAUGACCUAAGUUGUCGGAAGGAACACUUCACCAUUAAUGCUCCGAAACUCGCCUUUCACAGAAGCUACUGGAGCAGAAAUGAAGGUUACUUAGGCUAUAACAUUUCAGGCAGUGUCAAAGAUCGAAUCGAGGCCAAUGAAAGCAUCGAGUGCGAAAUACUGAUGGGCAACACCGGUUUGCUGAGGCAUUUGGGAGUUAUGUCGGUAAAUGUGAACGUGAAGAAUCCAAGAGACAUGGAGAUUUUGUCGAAACUUCUUAGGGAAUGCGGUCGCUUGGCCAUGCUUGAAAUCUGUCUGAAGAGAAGAGCUCCUGAGGAUGAGGAACGGUGUCUGAUGGAGGGACAAAAGCCUUGGAAAGAGACAAAACCGUUCCCAUGCAUGGACAAGAAAAUGGAGUCAGUAUGGAUCUACGACUUCGACGGCUCAGAGGAGGCGUUUGCGUUUGCGUCGCGUUUCGUGAUGGAAGGCAAUGUGAUGAAGAAUAUGGCGAUACAUAUCGCAGACGCUGAAAGCGAUGAGACCGCCGUUGCACUCGACAAGCUUUCCCGCCUUCCCAAAGCCUCCAAUGAUCUAAUUUUCAUCACUUCAACUAGCAUCUGAGAAUCUCUAUAUCAUAUA